UCAAUAUUGCAGCACAGCCUGUGUGGUAUAUAUCAUAUUGCCUAUGUAGUCCGGCAUAUUACCUCUAAGGCAGUGUUUGGAACAAACAAGCAGCACAAAGACGAUCAAAAUGACGGAAAAGCCGAAGAUAUAUGUAACAAGGAGGGUUCCUUCCCCUGGGAUUGAGCUUCUGGAGACUGAAUGCAAGUUGACAUUUUGGGACAGCGACGAUGCUAUUCCUAGGGAGGAAUUACUGAAGAAUAUAAGCGGAGGAUACGACGCUUUGUUCUGUAUGCUUACAGAUAUCAUAGACAAGGAAGUUCUCGAGGCUGCAGGCUCUACCCUGAAGGUCGUAGCAACGAUGUCUGUAGGUUACGAGCACAUCGACCUGGACGAGUGUCGCCGCCGUGACAUCGUCGUUGCCAACACCCCCAACGUCUCCACAGACAGCGUUGCCGAGCUGACUGUGUCCCUGCUUCUCUUGACGUCCCGUAGAUUGUUAGAAGGUAUCCAGGCGGUCAAGUCGGGGGAAUGGGGGCCCUGGAAACCCAUGUGGCUAUGUGGCACCGAGAUGUCCAAUAAGACAAUCGGGAUCUAUGGCCUUGGAAGAAUAGGAUACGGAGUCGCCCGACGUCUGAAACCAUUCGGAGGCAAGAAAAUCAUCUACAAUGACGUCGUAAAGGUGAGCUAUGCCGACGACAUCGGCGCUGAAUACGUGUCCUUUGAAACCCUUUUGGAGGAAGCGGACUGUAUCUGCAUCUGCUGUAAUCUGACGCCUCAGACCAAACACAAGUUCAACGCCGCCGCGUUCAAGAAGAUGAAGCAGACGGCCAUAUUGGUCAAUUCCGGAAGAGGUGGAGUUAUCCAGCACGACGACUUAUAUGACGCACUCGUCAACAAAGACAUCACUGCUGCCGGCCUUGACGUCACAGAACCGGAACCUCUACCAUCCAAUCAUAAGUUGGUAUCCCUUAACAACUGCAUAAUUCUGCCGCACAUGGGAAGUAAUACAUGGGAGUCGAGGAAUAGCAUGUCUCUGACGACCGCUAAAAAUAUUUUAUCGGUGUUUCACAAAGAGAAGGUUUUUGGGGAGGUUUCGAGUAAGUAAUCAAACUUGUUGCCUGUCCCUUUUCAAUCUGGCGUUGCGCAACAGUCAAGGCGUGCCAGUUUACUAAACAAAUGAUUUUUGUCUAACGCUCAAAAUGGAGAAAUGAAUCUUUAAAUCGUUAGUUUGAUUUUCAAUCUAUUAACUCUCCUUGUAUACUCUUAUCGUGCAAUGUUUAUCUUCAGUGAAGCUGUUUGUUUUGCCAGUCUCGAUCAAAUCGAAUCCUUUCUCCGUCGGUAUAAAGUGAAGCCGAAUCGUUUCAGAAAGCUGACAUUUGAUUGGCUACAAAAGUCCAAUUUUUCAUUUUGAUUGGACGUUCACUCAUGGGUCACCUGAAGGAGAGUUUGUCAGUUUUUGACAGAGAUGCCGGUACCCAAUCGGAGCAAAGAACUGAUUUUAAUGAGAUUGUUUGUUUUCGAUGCUUUUGUUUGCAUUUAGUGUGUGUAUAAGUAAAGUAUCGUUACUUGCCAUGAACAGAAAUAUUUAUCAGCAUCUUGUCUGUACGCAAUGUUUCAAUAUUCGCUCAAAUGUUCAAUGGAUUGCCAGUAACAAACACCAUGUUACGAUCCGGUGACUCGAAGUUCUGUAUACCCUGGUGCUGUCUUAUGUAUUCUAUUAUUCACAAGAGCCAAGAGCAACACGUUAAACGUGCGCUUUCACUCAAAUUACUGUAUGACCCCAUUGACCUUGGAAUUACUAUUGCCGGAUAUACCAGUAAGAUCAGUUCCCUAGUCAAGUUGUCAAACAGGAACGAAAUGUUGAAUUACUAUUAGAAUGAUUUCAAAAUCAAGGUUGAGGGGAUGAUAUUUGCAAUUUGCGACUUGUUACCUGCACAAUUAACGCUAUUAUCAUUGAUCAGAAAAACCGCCAAUGUUCAAGGCCGAUGAGGUCAAGAAAUUUGAUUUGAUGUGUCACGGAAAAACCCGAGUGGUCACGAAUGAUACGUAAACGUCUGUUUACGUCCAAAUGAGUGUAAUUCCGCACAUAAUGUCAGUAUUUGAAAGGGAAUAUUUAUAUGACCACUAGUUCGAAUCUGAAGAUUUUUAAUGAGAAAUCAGGAAGUGGUGUAGUGAGAAUCUAUAGUACGUUACUAUGUGUGCAGAUGUUUUCAGUUCCCGACACCUAUUAACAUUCCCAAUAUGUUAUUCCGUGCAGUCUCCAAGUCGUUGUCUGUUUUCAGUAUCUUACCCGCUGCCAAAGAUGUUUGUUAUCGUUCAGGAAUAUUUAGCCGGUAAUAAUUUGUUUCAACCGGUCCUCAAAUAUCUAUUUUUACGAUUAUCUUAUAAGCCAGUUAUUGUCUGUGAUAAACCACCGAGUUACCCGACACUAAGUCAGAGAAAUUGAAGGAAGCCCGGUUGAAAACAACCUUUAUUAUUAAAGAAGGGGGCAUUCAACUUCCAUGUAACAAUUUGAUAACAAAUAGUCCGACUAUUUAACUUUUUAUCAACAAUUCCUGCCAGGUUCUUGUGUUCUCACGUCGCGAAGUACAAGGUCAACCAGCUUUCAAUCAGUUAACUCCCUUGCGUCGGGAAGAUUAGGGACAGCUUGACAUUAUACAGGUAGACUAAAUCUUCAAGUUUAAGUCAAGUUAUAUAUUUUCGAAGAAAACUACUUGACUGUAUCCGACUGUCGUUUACCGUAUCAUAUGUAAAGAAUGCAACACCGUUGACAGUUGUUGUGUCUGUUUCAUAAUUGUAAAUGUUAAAUUUCCAAAAUAUUUAAAAAAUGUGUUCCCUCCAUAUUAAUGUAUCCGAAAUACAUUGUGUAGAUAUGAAUUAUUAUUACUAAUUGUUAUUUUUGUUGUUUAUUUGUGUUACAUUGACAAUGAAACCCGGUUUAAAUUUUAACUUUGGGAAAUAAUAACCUGUGGAUUUGAUAGUUGUUUUUUGUUAUCCAGACAUUCCUGAUCUUGUUUAGGGGGGGGGGGGGGGGUGGAGGAGGCAUAGUGGUCAAAGCGUUAGCUCGUCAGGCCGAAGACCCCGGUUCGAUGACCAAGACCAGUACAAUAUAGAAGACCAAGCUUGGGUUUUCCCACGCUGAAUUCUGACAUAAGCCAAAUCAUUCGUUCACUGUAUUUAGUUGUCCGACUGUCCGAAAGUUUAUCUAAGUUUUUGAUGGACAAAUAUUUAGAUCAGAAAAUACAAUCUCAUUUGCGAAAAUGAUACCACGUUGAUUUGACGUGAGUAGACAGGAAAGCUUUAAAACAAGGAUUUUUGUAGUUUGGGAUUUAGCUGUGUAUUAUGAAUAAAGGGAUUCAUGAAACAUUUUGUUUCAAAAUAGUAACCUUGUUAGCCCAGUAACACACUCAUUUUAUGAUGAGAAAGUCCAUUUCGGUGUCACGAUGUAUUAAUACGAUUUAGAUAUCUGUACUUUCAUAUGUCUCAUUUGUCUGUUAUUCACGUUUGAUUGUAUUUAAUGUGCCAUAUAGACUAGUCAUUUCGUUGUAAAAUAAAAUCUUAAAAUAAUA